CUCUCGGCUUCCUGGCUUUGGCCCGUUGGCGAAGGGGCUUAGAAGCACGGCUCUUAUACGUUACACGCACAGAAUCAUCUGGGGCACAUCGCGGCAGACCCCGGACAUGGCAACAUAAGCUCGCCGGCAUCGCCGAUCGUGAUUCGCGUAUAUUAUCACCGUCGAUUUCUCGAUUGACAUAUGUACCUACACAUAUCCGUUCGGUUCCUCCCGCUCUUUGGCACGUGGAAAAGGGAAUUCCUAGCUAUACAAACUUACGCGCGUUCCAAAGUCGAGUCUGUGUGUUAUAGGCAUUCGGUCUAGCUCGGUGUCUAGUCGAUCACUUCACUCACGUUCGUUCUCAGUUUUUCUCUCUCUCUUUUUGUCUUUCUUUCUUUCUCUUUGUCUCUCUCUCGUUAAUUAUAAUGGAUGUAUGGUAAUAACGAAGGAAUGUUUAAGUGGUGAAAAAUUGAAGUAAAAGACGAAAAUCAAUUAGUAAACUAUAGCCGGUGAAUUUCUUAACUUUAUUUUCAUCCUUCGGCGUUGAGUUUAAUGUUAUAGUUGCUUAACGGUUGAUUAUAUUAACGGAACGUGCAAUUGAAUACUUAAGUAAUCCUAUAAUUCUAAUCGGAAACCGCAAGCGGCGUACUUCGUUCAAAUCGCUGCAAAUCAUAGACUAACUGUCAAGAUAUGUAACGAAUUAAACAACAAAAAAUAAAUAAAAAAAAAAAAAAAAAAAAAACUUGUUUUCCCGAGUGUUGUGAAGAAGUAAUUAACGAACCGGCUCAAGGUUUAACCGCAUGCGAUCAGUGAGUGUUAGUGUUGUGGGUGUAACUAAUUUAAUCCUCGAACAAUCAAUAUGAUACUGCGACUUACGGGUGUUUUUUUAACGGUCCUCGUGAUUGCCGCGAAUCCUGAACCCUGCUCGGAAUACGGCUGUCCUCACCCUCCUCGACACGAGCCCUUCUUACCAGCUCUUCCUGGGCACACACCAAGAUGCGCAAAACCCGGACAAACUUUCUGCGAAAGACUGGACCACUAUCCCCAACAACUGAUCAGAUACCUAAUCGACAAAUGGAGUUUUGACUACAACACGCUAUUAAUCGACGAAUCUCGGGACGACUUCAACUCCUACAGAACGGAACCGGAAUAUCACGGGGGUUACGACUACCGCCGACCGGAAGUACCUCAGCUGUAUCCACAACCGCUACCGUUCCUUCCAUCGCAAUACCCCUUCGGACCACCCGCACCAAUUUACGGACCUCCAACCAACAAGUCCCAGCAGGGGUACAGCUAUCCAGCACCGUCCAGGUCGCCGAACAACCCGUUCUUGCAGCCGGCUUUAGGGGUUUCGCAUCAUCCGCUUUCUCCGCAUCUUUCGCAGGAUCAUCAUCAUACCCAUCGACAACAAGAAAGUCCGUUUUUGUACUCCCAAGUCCAGGCUCUAGAUCCCCUUGGACAGCCUCAAGGCUGGUGGCCAAACAGGUACACUCGGAGCAACGCGAAGAACGGAGCAUUGAGAAAACGGCCGCGUCGAUCGCCGCGAGUAAAUCCUCUGCUGGAGUUCGCUGCCUCGAAGAAGAGCAGAUCUCGUCGUCAGGCAAACGCCUCGAGCCAAGCGACCCCGCUUUGCGUCACCAAUUCGCAGUUCAUCAUGCCCAAAGCAGCGUUGAACAACCGAGGCAACUGGAUGUACGUGGUGAACCUACAGGAACAGGGAGACAGAUACACGCAGCUGGUCAAAAGCGAGACGUGCGCAUCGGAUACUUGCAACGGCUUGUGUUCGCUACCAACUGGUUACACGAGUAGAUGUCAGCAGCAAUACGUGCAGAAGAGGCUUGUAGCUCUAGAAGGGAGCGGGGACCGUCUUUAUACCGACGUUUUUUGGUUUCCACAUUGUUGCACGUGUCAGAUUACUUUGAACAACUGAUUGUCAGAAAUAAUUCAAUCAAUCAACUACGAUGUCUCGAAAUGUAUAAUAAUAGAAUGCAGAAGAUUAAUGUUCUCGAAGAAAGUUGAUUUUUUUUUUCCGAGGGGACGUCAUUUGCCAUCAAUCAAAUUUCUCCGACUCAAUCUAUUCUCCAGUAAUUUUAAUUUCAAUCCCUUUAUUUCAAAUGCAGUUAGAAAGGAUGUUUCUUUUCAGUUCAUUAUUUAGCUUCCAGUUGCCUGAUUGCCACCAAACCCAGUAGCUUUUACCUACAAUAUUACAUAUUUCUGUACAAUUAUUGUUUUUGAAAAUAUUGCAGUGACUGAUUGAAAUGGGACAUUCUUUACGUAUACGCGAUGGUCGAUACAGUUGAGCGUUUGGCAGAAUUAGAAUAUAAGAACAUAUAAUAAUAAUAAUAAUGUUCCUCAGACACAGCACUGUAGAAUUUCAAAAUGAUAUGCAAAGAUGCAAGGAUUACACGUGCUGCGUCAGAGAACUCAAAGACGGUGAAUCAUUAAUAAUUAAGUAUAAUAAUUUAAAAAUAC